GAACCCGUCGUCGAACAAAUCAUUCCUAAAUCCUAACACGUUUUUUCUUGGUGAAUUAAAAGUAGGCAUUUGUUUUGCUUCAAUCCGAAGUUUCUAAAGCUGCCAUUUUGAACGUGAACUGAAACCAGAGCCACCACAUUUUCACCAGCUUCUCUCUUCUGCUUCAGACAAGGUCUUGUUUGUGUCUGGUCUGGUCCUUUCCCGAGCUCAUCAGAUCUGCCGAGUCAAAGUAAUGGCAGAAGACAAGGAUGCGACCUCAGUCCCACUGAGUCAACCCGCCGCUGACGAUCCCGAAGACCCGCUUAAAUCUUCUCCCUCUUCGCCCAAUUCUUCUACUCGCAAGGCCUGCUGUUACUUUCUUCAAAGCUGGGUCUCAAAGAAGUUCAUGACUGGAUGUGUUGUUCUCUUUCCUGUUGCGGUUACAUUCUUUAUCACAUGGUGGUUUAUUCAGUUUGUUGAUGGUUUCUUCAGUCCACUAUAUGAACAACUUGGCAUUGACAUAUUUGGGCUAGGAUUUGUGACAUCUCUAGUUUUUGUAUUCUUAGCGGGUGUGUUUGUUUCAUCAUGGCUGGGCUCUACUGUUUUCUGGAUCGGAGAAUGGUUUAUUAAGAGAAUGCCAUUUGUUAAACAUAUAUACUCAGCUUCCAAGCAAAUUAGCUCUGCAAUAUCUCCAGACCAAAAUACAACAGCUUUUAAGGAAGUGGCAAUCAUACAACACCCGCGUGUGGGUGAAUAUGCAUUUGGUUUCAUAACAUCUUACGUCGUCCUUCAGAAAGAUGACGGUGAUGAAGAAUUGUGUAGUGUCUUUGUCCCAACUAACCAUUUGUACAUUGGUGAUAUACUCCUUGUUAGCUCCCAAGACAUCAUAAGACCAAAUUUGUCAAUCCGUGAAGGCAUAGAAAUCAUCGUUUCUGGUGGGAUGACAAUGCCGCAAAUGAUUUCUCCUGUUGAAAGGGUCGCUCGGCAAAGUGAAAGAAUCCCACUAAAUAGAAUAAUGUGAUUGUGUAUACUUGAUGGUGGUGCUAUGCAAGCACAAGAGAGAAAAGAGAGUUUUUCAUGUUGUAAUUAGGACCUAUAUAUAUGAUGUUGUUUAGGUUCCUAGGAUUAUUUGUCAUCUCCUUGACUUUAUGUGUUUGCACUAAGCAGAGGCAAAUAAGACGUAUAUAUAUAAUGGAUUUUAUUAUCAGUUUGUUAAAAUAUACUCCGUAUUUGAUAACUUGAUAGAAUUUUAUUAAUAAAAUUACCAUUACAAU